AACCGAUGAUGACAAGCCCCUGGAGGAUGAACCUCAGAAUGAGUUUACAUUUAAACAUUCGUUUAUAGUUUAAUGAGUUCUUUGGUGCUUCUUAUUAUUGCUUAAAUCUUUCCCGACCUUUGUUGAUUGUUUGUCUAUUGCUGAAAAUGCAACUUGGGCACCUGAGAACUUAUAUUUUGUUGUUUCCCAUGGUGCAUCAAAAUAUUUUCUACAUGUCUUUGAUUUCUGUUUGAUAACGAUGCAGGUGAUGAUGAUUUCAAGCACCUGUCACAGAAUGCAGAAGAUCAUGUGCCAGCCUUUGACGAACUUGAUGAAGAUGUUCUGACGGGACAGUUAUUCGCUGAGAAUCCCCAGGAGCUGGCUCAGUAUGCAGAGAAUCAUGUGCCAAUGUAUGAUGACCAUGAUUAUGGUCCUGAUCGGCUGCAGAGAAUUCAGUGUACUUUGGCUAACUCACAGCGAUAUGAAGCACAUGGUCUCGACAUGCUGGCACACGCCGCACUGUUGUUGACCCAGCUUCGGACUGCUGAAAGGUCUGACCAUGUCCGUGUCUCCGAGGCUCACCUCGAGGGGAUCACUCGGUGGGCCGAACAGAUGGGUGCGUAUGCAGAAGUUCUGGAUGAUUACUGUGACGAGGUGCACGAGUUUGCGUUAUACCUGAUUCGCUUUGAUUUGGAAGAUCCAGUGUUUGCAAGGCACCAGGAGUUGGAAACAGUGGCUGACCGGUUAAUAAGAGAGCAAAGAAACUUGAGAGCGCGGGUCAGGCGUGCACGGGAAAGAAUGCAGGUGUGGCAGGCAUGGUUUGAUGAGAGGGUGAGGCUUCUGCAUCUGAGAUAAUGUAGCGCGGGUCAAGCACGCAGGGGAAAGAAUGCAAGUCAACAGUGCCCAAGAUGUCAAAGCGCCGUCUGCCGAGGAUCAAGUGAAUGCGCAUGGGAAC